UAUUGUUCAAUGUAAAUUACAUGAGCGUUUACUUAGUAUUUUAUUCAGCAUGAGGUGCGUAUUUAAAGUCCUAGUUUUCAGUUUGAACUUCAUCUGUCUGGCCGCUCAGGGCCGCCAACAGUUGGUAGCACGGACAACUCCAUCACCGGAAUACGUUGAGUUACUGAAAGAAUUCUGGCCGAAUUACAACGAGCGUUGUCCAACCGGGUACUUGAUGUGCAGAGACGAAUCUUUCUGCUUCGACGAAGCGCAAUUGUGCGGCGGGAAUGAUGUGUGUAUCGACAGUUCUGACGACAUUAAUGCGAUAUGCUUGGGGAUCACACGACCUUUGACCCGAGUUACGACACCCCGUUUAACAACUUCCGAAUUAGUAACAAGAAUGACAACGACCGAACUAUCCUCUACAAGGCCAGAGACGUCGAUAUCGGCCUCUACAACAACGACGACGACUUCGAAGAAGACAACGAACCGUAGCACUACAACCAAAAAGUCGGUGUCCAUUACCUCAUUUAACGACUUCGGGAAUCCACUGGUAAUUGCCUUUUUCGUCCUUGUCGGUGGACUGUUGGUGUAUUUGGGACUUGUCAGUGUUUGCUGCAUAAGUCAACGAAUGAACAUCGUCAACCCAGCAGCGACAGGAGCAUCUCGUCCCGUGCAUUACGAUGCAGAAGCUGCUAACAGACCCUAUGCGCAACAGCAAGCUAAAACAAGAAACUCAAAACUUAACAUACGAAACGAGCCUCGGUAGAAUGCGUGAUUAUUAAUAUCCCGUCAUAGUCUAUGUGUACAGUGUUUAGGUCUUUGUAUUAUAAGUGCAGUCUUUUCUAGUCCUUUUGUGCACUUAUAUCUCUGUUGUUGCACCCCAUCCUCAUAUCACUGUAACUUUUUAAUAUCCGCUCUCACUAUAGCGAUCGAAGUUAACUCUAUUGACGAAGUUUCGCUUAAGCCCUUUGUGCGGCCACAGAUAGUUUAUUCUUACACUGUUAUUGCGCCACUUAACCCAGGGUCAUUAGUAAUAUAAGCAUACGCUGUGGUAAAGUGUAUUAUUUGGAUUGUAAAAUAAACACUACGAGGAACAACGUUCGUUUAUUUAUUGGGACUUAAAGGAAAUAAGCAACUAAGAAUGUCGAUGGUAAAAUACACAAGCAAAUGGUACAGGAUUGUUUUCACAUUACAGAUUAUAGACGACCUUGCAAAGUUACAAUUAUGGACAUAUUAGUGUAAGUUUGCAUCGUCAUAGUUGUUCACCAUACAGAACACUUUUGUACAGGAUUCAUAGGACGACCUGGCUCGCAAGA